AUGGCGAACCUCAGAGCAGCCUGCAGAGCGCCUUUGCGCCAGCUCACUUCCCGCUCCACAGCUUCAAUUGCCACCAACCAUGCAAGAAUACAGAGGCAACAAUGGCGGGGCUAUGCGACGAGUAUGGAUGCACAGCAGAAGAUUCUCUCCCAGGAUCUUGAGCAGGCCGAUCCUACCGUCUACCAGAUCAUCAACAGGGAGAAGAACCGCCAGAAGCACUUCAUAAACCUGAUUCCUUCUGAAAACUUCACAUCACAAGCUGUGCUCGAUGCGCUCGGCAGUGUUAUGCAAAACAAGUACUCGGAAGGAUACCCGGGCGCGCGAUACUAUGGAGGAAACGAGCACAUUGACGAGGCCGAGCGUCUAUGCCAACAGAGAGCGCUCAAGGCAUUCGGUUUGAGCCCGGAGGAGUGGGGUGUCAACGUCCAGCCCCUCUCCGGAUCGCCCGCAAAUCUCUACGCCUACUCCGCCGUUCUCAACACCCACGACCGCAUCCUCAGUCUCGACCUUCCCCAUGGCGGCCACCUGUCGCACGGCUACCAAACACCUACCAAGAAGAUCUCCGCCGUAUCCAAAUACUACGAAACCCUCCCAUACAGGCUCGAUGAGAAGACUGGUAUCAUUGACUACGCAAAGAUGUCGGAAUUGGCACAUCUGUACAGGCCCAAGGUCAUCGUUGCAGGUACAUCGGCAUACAGUCGGUUGAUCGAGUACGAGCGCAUGCGAAAGCUGGCAGACGACGUUGGCGCGUACCUUCUCUCUGAUAUGGCUCACAUCUCAGGUCUGGUUGCCGCCGGCGUCAUCCCCUCUCCAUUCCCCCACUCCGAUAUCGUCACAACUACAACACACAAGUCGCUUAGAGGCCCGCGAGGUGCCAUGAUCUUCUACCGCAAGGGUGUACGGAAGGUCGACAAGAAGGGCAACAAGGAGAUGUAUGAUUUGGAAGGCCCAAUCAACGCAUCUGUGUUCCCAGGCCACCAGGGAGGACCUCACAACCACACCAUCACUGCUUUGGCUGUAGCCCUGCAGCAAGCCUCAACCAAAGAGUUCAAGGACUACCAGCAACAGGUUUUGGACAACGCCAAGGCUCUUGCUCAGCGUCUUGGUGACUCCAAGGAGAACGGCGGUCUCGGCUACAACAUUGUUUCAGGCGGCACUGACAACCAUCUUGUCCUUGUCGACCUCAAGGACCGCGGCGUGGACGGCGCACGAGUCGAGCGUGUUCUGGAGCUCGUCGGCGUCGCAUCGAACAAGAACACUGUUCCUGGCGACAAGUCUGCCAUGAAGCCCGGUGGUAUUCGUCUUGGAACUCCCGCCAUGACAACUCGUGGCUUCCAGACCGAAGACUUCAAGCGUGUGGCCGACGUCGUGCACCGCGCAGUUGGUAUCACCCAAAAGUUGGACAAGGAUGCUAAGAAGAAGGCCGAAGACACUGGUCGCAAGAACCCCACUAGCGUGGCUGCAUUCAAGGAGUACGUUGGCGAGGGUGAGGACAUCACCGAGAUCAUCGAGCUCAAGAAGGAGGUUGAAGAUUGGGUAUCUACGUUCGCCCUGCCGUGGGACAAGGCACAAUGA